UAGAAACCUAGAAUGCAAACGUAAACUGAUUACUAAAUAUUUUUGGGCAAAAGAAUGUAUCUGAACUUAGGUAGCGAAUUAGGCUGCUAUCUUGCCGUUUAAUUAUUUUCAGACUUCCUCAAUUACUGUAGUAGUUGGCCGCAGGUCUGUUUACAUGUACAUGCACGAAUAGUAUUGUCACCAUCAAAUUAGUAAACAAGUGCGUUUAAGUGAGCCUGUUUGCCAGCUGACUACUACCAACAGCAUUAGCUAAAACGUGAAUGUAAACUCUGUUUGGUUUGAAGGAGAUUAGGAGAUUUUAAAAUAAGGUUAGCAAACGACCUUAUUUUAACGCUGGUUAAUAAGCAGGGUAGUUUAGCACUAUGCUGCAAAAAUAUUGCUACCGUCAUGCUAAACAGUUCACUACCUAGCAAGCUGUCUGCAACGUUAUCCGUCAUUUAAUAGUUAACGUACUGUUUUAAUUUCAGGUCGGCGUACUAUGGUUGUUCGUUUGUUGCCACUGUGGAUCCGUGGAACUGUAGUUUGAAUUUGUGGUCCAUGCACCGUGUACCAGUGAGACUGAGAAGGCGUUCUUGAUGACUUACCGGGGGCGUCUGGGGGAGAUAUGGCGCGUGUCUGCGCGUACCCCAGUCGCAGGUCUCGCGCUUUCCGUGCUGACCACAGCGUUGUUAGCGUACUUGCUCUGUGUGUGCAUGUCGGACCACAAAACCAAAGUGAUCCGGAUAACGCUGGAAAACUUCAGCGGAGACGGUCUGGAAAGGGCACGCAGAAACGUAAGAACACCAGUCGCGGACAGGCAGCAGUUCCCCUCUCUCUCUGAACGGAAUAUAAAACGCUCCCCGGUGUCCCGCUUUGCACCGAGGGGGGAGUUAUGUCAGCGACCGCCAGAGGAACGCUUUGACUGCGCGCGGGACAGGUCGCUGAGCCGGACGGAAUGCGAGGCUCGCGGCUGCUGCUACGUCCCGCUGAAGGACGGCCUCUCUAACGGACCUCCGUGCUGCUUCUACCCACCGUCCUACCCUGGCUACAAAAUGGCACCCCUCUCUCCCAGUCCCCGUGGACAGGCUGCCACCCUAAAUCGACCCACACCCUCCUACCUUCCCCGGGAUAUUUCCACCCUCCAGUUGGAGGUCAUGGAGGAGUCAGAGGGUCGAUUGCACCUCACUCUGAAGGACCCUGCGCAUCCCAGGUAUGAGGUUCCGCUGUCCGUGGCCCCGCCCAGGAAGAGCCCGGAGGCGCAGGGUGCCCUCUACAGCGUCGAGUUUCAGCCUGACCCUUUCGGAUUCGUCGUGCGUCGCAAAUCCAACGGCCGCGUGCUGAUGAACACCACAGUGGCCCCCCUGCUCUUCGCUGACCAGUAUCUACAACUGUCCACCUCCCUGCCCUCCUCCCUACUGUCCGGCCUGGGGGAGCACUACACCCCCCUCACCCUGGACCUCAACUGGACCUCCCUCACGCUGUGGAACCAGGACAUGGCCCCCCACAGUGAUGCCAACCUGUACGGGUCCCACCCGUUCUACCUGGUGCAGGAAGGGGACGGCCAGGCUCACGGAGUCUUCCUCCUGAACAGCAACGCAAUGGAGGUAGCGCUCCAGCCCACCCCGGCCCUCACCUGGGUGUCCAUCGGAGGGGUUCUGGACCUCUACGUCUUCCUGGGGCCGGACCCACAGAGCGUAGUGCGGCAGUACCAUGAGGUCAUCGGGUAUCCCAUGAUGCCACCGUACUGGUCUCUGGGUUUCCACCUCUGCCGCUGGGGGUACCCCACCACCAACGCCACGCGAGCUGUAGCCCAGCGCAUGCACGAUGCCCAAUUUCCUCUGGAUGUGCAGUGGAACGACCUCGACUACGCGGACAAGCGCAGAGAUUUCACCUUCGACCCCCAGCGCUUCGGCGACCUUCCUGAAAUGGUGAAGGAGUUCCACCAAGCGGGGAUGAAGUAUGUCCUCAUACUGGAUCCAGGCAUCAGCAGUUCAAGUCCCCCUGGAUCCUACAGACCAUUUGAUGAAGGGUUACAGAGGGGCGUCUUCAUCAGGAACACCACCGGGCAGCCUCUUAUUGGGCAGGUGUGGCCGGGCCCCACCGCUUUCCCGGACUUCACCAAUCCCGAGACGCAGAGCUGGUGGCAGGAGAACAUCCAGGACUUCCACAGCAAAGUCCCCGUCGAUGGCCUGUGGAUCGACAUGAACGAGCCGGCCAGCUUUGUGCCGGGCUCUGUGGAGGGGUGUCCCGACACCGACCUGGAGAACCCCCCCUAUGUUCCAGGUGUGAUCGGAGGCCACCUGAACUCUGGCACGCUGUGUAUGUCCAGCCAGCAGAACAUCUCCUCUCAUUACAACCUGCACAACCUCUAUGGGCUGACAGAGGCCAGCGCCACCUACAGCGCCCUGCUGAAGGUUCGGGGGUCCCGCCCCUUCGUUCUUUCCCGCUCGUCGUUCCCCGGACUGGGUCGCUUUUCCGCCCACUGGACGGGAGACGUCCGGAGCGACUGGGAGCAGCUGCGCUACUCCGUCCCUGCCAUCCUGCUGUUUGGGCUGUACGGGGUGCCCCUGGUGGGGGCAGACGUCUGUGGGUUCGAGGGCAACACCACCGAGGAGCUGUGCGUGCGCUGGAUGCAGCUGGGGGCCUUCUACCCCUUCAUGAGGAACCACAACGACCGGGCCAACAUUCCCCAGGAGCCGUACGUGUUUGGGCAGCGGGCCCAGGACGCCAUGCGGGCCGCCCUCACCCUGCGCUACUCGCUCCUGCCCCUGCUCUACACGCUCCUCCACCACGCCCACGCCUCCGGCAGCACCGUGGCCCGGGCCCUCUUCCUGGAGUUCCCCUCUGAUCCUAACUGCCAGACGGUGGACCGGCAGUUUCUGUGGGGGAGUUCUUUGCUCAUCAGCCCCGUCCUGGAGCAGGGAUCCGUGGAGCUGGCCGCCUACCUCCCCCCGGGGACUUGGUACAGUCUGCAUGAUGGACAGCCUUUCCACAGCAGGGGGCAGUACCUCCUCCUGCCCGCCCCCCUGGACACCAUCAACGUCCACCUGAGGGGGGGCUACAUCGUCCCACAGCAGGAGCCGGCCUUGACGACCGUGGCGUCCCGCACCAACCCUUUCCUCCUGACGGUGGCGCUGUCCGCACAGGGCUGGGCUCGGGGCGAGCUGUUCUGGGAUGACGGGGACAGCCUGGACACUUUCGAGAGGGGCGACUACUCCUUCCUAGUGUUCAUCGCUGGAGAGGCAACGCUUGUGAGCCAACCCCUGAAGACUAACAGGGCUCUAGAUGGACUGGUGCUGGGCGGGGUGCGCGUUUUUGGGGUGCCCUCCCCACCCCUGGACGUGUGGGUCAACGGCGAGAGGCUGAGGGACUUCUCCUACCGCUCCGACACCCAGGUUCUGACCGUAUCCGGCCUGGCUCUUCCAAUGUCCGAAAGUUUUACCAUCAGCUGGAGGCUCUGACCCUGGAUCUCUGUCCCCGGUUCUGCUCCUGAGGCUCCUGCGUCCCCCCCAAACUCUCCUCCCCCUCCUCCUUUGGGGUCACGCCGCUCGAUGAAUGAUUUGCACUGCACUGUUUAAUGCUGCUUAUGUGAAGUGAUUUUACUGGGAUUGUUUUUAUUAUAUUGAUUUUUAUUUUUUAUUUUUUUAAAAAGAGCGACGGCUGUGGUGUGGUGGGGACUCUAAGCCGUGGUAGUGCCGGAUCUGGGGGGGGGGGGGGCAGAUCGCGGGGCAAGAGGGAGGGUUUUCACUGGGCCGGGCUGACAGGGGCUCAUUGCGCACUGGCGACCCCUACUGGGUCAGUCAGGCACCUGCAACCCACCUAUUGAGCUGCAUAUGAAGCAUCUUCCUCCAGUUUGUGUCUGUGCGAGUGGAACUUCUUCACUGCAGAGUGAGAGGAAGUGGUGUCUGACAUCACAUCCUUUGGAGGUCAGCUCUCCCAAAUUUAUAGCUCAGGUUGCAUUUAUGAGCACUGAUGAAUGCGGUUCAAAUUUGGGACAUAAAGGGAGGUUAAGGGCAUUACAAAAAAAAAACUGCAAAUAUUUCAUUUUCUAAGAAGGGGAAGUUUUAUCAUGUUUUUAGAAUGGUGAAAUCGUAGAGAAGGACAUACAAUGUAAAUCGCAAAUGAACUUUUGAGCAUUUUGAGCCACGUUGAACAUUACUCCUGCAGGCAUUCACACUGAAAUUGAGCAGGAGUGGUCACAUAUCCUGGGGGAAAGGGCAUGCCCAUAAUUAAUAUCACACUGAAAAAAAAAAAAAAAACACUGUGCAGUUUGGCUAAGGGGCUAGGGCCAUUAAUGCAGCGAAGGGUAGAGGGCCACGCACGUAACCCUGAGGGAAACCCAAACGUGGCAGAAGAGCCAGAACAGCCGCUUUGAAUGGCCAUCUGCCUGUGUUAAGCUGAGCAGGUACGGCAUCAGCGAUGCCAGGGAAGACUAAUCGCCUGCAGCCCUGCGGCUAUAUUUAGAAUGGAAACUCGAUAGAAGAGGAGUCAGAAGUAGAGUUUGGAUGCAGCGGCUGCAUUCCGGAAGCUUGGCAAGAGAGACCUCAUGGCUGGAGACGAGCCUGAAGUCCGUGAGAGUUUUUUUUUUUUUUUUGAUGCUUGGAUAAGACUCCUGCCAAAUUUUCCAAUGGUGGAGAGUGGCAAAGUUCAAGUGUUAAUUUGGUCUGUUAAUGAGGCUUGUGGGGGGGUGGGGUGGGGGGUGUGUGUGGUGUAAGCCUUGGCUAAUAUGGUUGGCAAUAGUUGAAGAUGACGAGAAGAUGAUCUACCAGGGAAUUUUGGUGGUAGUACUUUCAUCGACAGGUGAAAGUAAAGCAAGAGAAUGCCCGUGCAUGACAAGUCUUUGACUCUGCAGAACUUCGGCCAUCAGUGGUGAUGGGGAAUUCUUGGAGUUGUUCGAACGAACGGCGUUUCCACUAGAAUUUCUACUUAAUUAGCAGUCAAGAGUUAAUCAAAACUCCCAAGGAAGAUCAGUUGCUGAAACAAGUUGCUUGAACCUGACUUACCCAGUGUGGGUAAGGCCUGUGCUGCGUUCUGUCGAUUCCACUACAGCUCAAUGAAUGUUUGCCCUUUUCACCUUUUUGCACUGUAUUAAAUUAUCACUCUUUGCAA